AUGGAUAUGACGUCGGCAGCGGAGGCACGCAGCUGGUACGACAACCAGCGGCUCGGUGGCUCGCCCGGUACAUCGGCCGCCCUCGGUCACCAGACGGCCGCGGUCGAUCCGUCCGAGAUGAACCCAUUCUACCCGCUGGAAAAUGGCUCCCAUCGGCGUUACUACCCGACAAGCUACGGACCGCACGCAUCCCGCAUGACCUCGUCACACGUUUCACCCCAAGUCUGCCGGCCACACUUCCACGGUCCACUGUCCUGGCUAAGCGAUCCACCCAAACCGAUCGCGUCCAGCAGUGCGUGGGGCAGCCCGUUCGCCUGCCCGCAGGACCCGCAGGACAAGCUGAGCCAGGUGCAGACGGGCCAGUCCGGCCAGCAUAUCUUCUCCUUCCCGCCGACCCCACCGAAGGACUCGACGCCCGACUCGGUGCAGACAGCGCCGGCCGAAUAUCAAGCCACGAUCAACGCGUUCAUGCACCAGGCCCAGGUCGGUACGGGCGGAUCGCUUGGCGGUGUCGGUGGGGGCGUCGGCGGUGGCGGUGCGACCGGCCAGACGGCGGACAGUUGCGGGCUGGACGUGAAACCAUGCCUGACCGGUGGCAACGGAUCGGGCGGCAGCGGAGGCGGCAGUGGCGGUGGCAGCGGAGGCCAAAACCAACCAAAGCAGCGUGAAGAGGGACGAGAGUGUGUCAACUGUGGUGCUACAUCGACACCCCUGUGGCGAAGGGACGGUACUGGCCACUAUCUGUGCAAUGCCUGCGGACUCUACUACAAGAUGAACGGCCAGAAUCGCCCACUGAUCAAACCGAAACGAAGACUGGUUAGCUCGCUUCAAAGUGCCGCCCGACGUGCCGGUACAUCGUGCGCCAACUGCAAAACGACCACCACCACCCUAUGGCGAAGGAAUCAGGGUGGCGAACCAGUUUGCAACGCUUGCGGGCUGUACUACAAGCUGCACAACGUUAACCGACCAUUGACGAUGAAAAAGGAAGGCAUCCAGACGCGAAAUCGAAAGCUGUCGUCCAAAUCGAAGAAGAAGAAAGGAAUUCCCGGCUCGUGUCUUCCACUCGGCGGCCAUCUCGGAGACCUGAUGAAACCGCUCGAUCAUAAACCCUCCUUCCCAGGAGCCUUCCCCGGAUCGAUGGGACAACACGGCCAUUUAUCUGGAGGAUUACAUCCAGCGCACACGCAUAUGCACGGUGGCUGGUACACGACCGGCAUGGGAGCUCUCGGAACGUCCGGUGGACUACAGAACGGUUUCGGUGGUGCGGGCUCGUUAGGUGGAGGAGUCGUCCCACAUUCGCAAUCGUACCAUCUAGGACUUAAUUCAAUGAGCUGGCGUUCGGAGUACACGUGA